UCGAAUCAACAGAGUUUGAUAACUCUAAAUGUAUUCAAGAUAUAGAAAGUGAUCAAUCGAUCUUAUCAUUAAUGCAUGUCGCAUAUGCUUGUGUCGAAAAUUUACUUUGCGUGUUAUUUCAAUUUUUUCAAAUAUAUUUUGGUUUCAAUGCGUUAUUCCACGAACAAUCGUUUCAACUUAUAGCUAUCGUAGUAUUUGAUCUAGGAUGGGCCUUGUAUGGAAUUGGCCAAGCUCUUAUGAUUAAAUAUUUUCGGGAUCGAAUUGAAGCAAUUCCUUCAUGUCAACAAUUUCCCCAAUAUGAUCUCACUUUUC